AAAAGAAAGCGAGUGCGUGAAACCGAAAAUUCUGACAACAACGAAUGCGAGGAAGAAAGAGGUCGCACGGUGCUUAGAAUGGUUGGGAAAGCUAUCCAGGCUGGCUCCAAAAUCCCUUUACAAUGGCAUCCAACCAAAAGAAUCCCUAUUGGGAGUCAUAGAAGUCAUUUUUCCACCUAUAUUGGUGUAGUUGUGCGUGAAAGAGUAAGUAUCACCUAUAACAAGUGGUUAGAUGUUCCACAAGCAGUCCUAGAUCAUUUGUAUGACAAUAUCUCGAGGGGGUUUGAUGUCCUUGAAGGUCGCAAAAGAUGGAUACUAAAUCGAGCUUCUGAUCGAUGGAGAGCUUUCAAGACUAGACUAAGACUUAGGUGGUUGUAUCUCAAAGAUGGAUCAAUUAACAGUACACCACCUUUGAAAUAUCCUUUUAUAACUCCGGAUGAUUGGGGGGCAUUCAUCACAGCUUGUAGUUCUAAUGACUUCAAGAAAUUGAGUGAAAGUAAUCGUGAAAGGUCUAAAAAGAAGACCUCAAAAUAUCGAGGUGGGAGACUUGGCUAUCAAUAUUUUGAAGAAGAAAUUGAGAAAGAUCUUGAAAAGCAAGGAAUACAUGUCUCAAACGUGCCUCGACAUUUGACUUGGAUUAAAGCUCAUUCUUACGUCAAGAAUGGAGUUCUGACCGUUGACAAUCCUGUUGAUAAAUAAAUCCAUGAUGCAAUAAUUAGAUUGGAGGCCCAAGUACAAAAAGGUGAAAUAGUUGCUACAGGUCGAGAUGAUAUAUUGUCAAGAGCUUUAAACAAACCAGAGCAUGGAGGUUCUGUUAGGGCUGUUGGAUCAAGAAUAACUAACAAGGAGUACUUUGGAUACAACAAACCAACCGCACCUAGCGAAUUACAUGCUAGAAUGAAUGUGAUGAACUCAAGGAUGGCAACAAUGAGCAAGCAGCAAAACUUUAUAAUUUCCUUCAUGAUUUCAUGUUUAACCCAAGAGCAAUUAGGAGCAUUCAUGGAUGGUGGUUCUCAGCAAGGUGUUUUUGGUGGCGAUCUAGCAAAUUCAGGAGGGCUGCUUGGUGGGGAGGCAGCAGGUUCGGGUGGUUUCCUUGGUGCUUUUGGGAACCAUUUUGGUUCUGGUGACAUGAGUGGUUCUAGUAGCCAAGGGGCAGCUGGAAAUGGGUUGGAUGCUGCUCAUUUAGACAACUCAUUUGGAAAUGGUGUCCUUCUUACACAACUCUUGAUGGGAGUUAUGGAAAGGCAUGACGUUGAAGGGCAUCACUUUGGACAAGAUUCACAUGUGGAUAAAUCUCACAAACAAGCCUAUACUGAGCAAAGAAUUGCGACAAACUUAGAACCUCAGUACACAAAAAGCCCAAUCGUGGUCCAUCCUCAACUUCAGAACCUCGAGACAGCGGCAGAGGCAGAGGCAUACCAUGUUCCUUGGCCUGAGGUGAACCAUAUGAAUGCAGUUGAGCAUACUCCAAUUCCCCCACCUCAAAGUCAAGUUGUGAAUACCAACAACAACUAUACAUUUCCCGAGGGAUGGAGUGAUUGCCUCUUGGCAAUUGAGGGAAGCGACAAAGAGCUACAGAUUGUUGCUAACGGAAAAGUUUACAUAGAAAACAACACGGAAGUUCUUGGUAAUCAUACCAUAUCGUUGUCACAUGGUCAUCGUCGAGUAACCAUUACAGAAGAUUUAAUGCCUUAUGCUCCCUUCCCAUGUCCCAACGAUGAAUUGAUCUUUGUUUGUCAAGCUAAGAAGGCUUUCACAGCUUGGCCAAAUCAUUUGAUACUCCCCCUACAGCUACUUCUUAGCUUCGAGACUCGAGAUUCUUAUGUGGUUUUUGUCUUCCCUUUUAGAUUCAUGUGCAAGCUUUCUUCUUCUAAAGCUUACAUGCGUGUUGUUUUUGUGUGA